CCUCCCAAUCAGACCUGGGCUGCUCCAGCUGUGUCCUGAGGAGCUGGACCAGACAUAUCCCCUGGGGCUGGAGUUGAAGCUGAACCAAGUGGCCAUCCCAGAGACCAGAUUACUGGCUCCCAGAGAGCUCAGAGCCAGUGGGCAGGCAGGCAGUUCAGAGGCCCCAGUUCUCAGCACGCUGGCUACCACAGGGCGGAAUGGCACUGCAAGUGGAGCUGAUACCCACCGGGGAGAUCAUCCGCGUGGUUCACCCCCACAGGCCCUGCAAGCUUGCCCUCGGCAGUGACGGGGUACGGGUGACCAUGGAGAGUGCACUGACUGCCCGGGACCGGGUGGGGGUGCAGGAUUUUGUGCUACUGGAGAACUUCACCAGUGAGGCUGCCUUCAUCGAGAACCUGCGGCGACGCUUCCGGGAGAACCUCAUAUACACCUACAUUGGCCCCGUCCUGGUCUCUGUCAACCCCUACCGGGACCUACAGAUCUACAGCCGGCAGCACAUGGAGCGCUACCGUGGAGUCAGUUUCUAUGAAGUGCCACCCCACCUGUUUGCAGUGGCUGACACUGUGUACCGAGCACUGCGCACGGAGCGCCGAGACCAGGCAGUGAUGAUCUCUGGGGAGAGUGGGGCAGGCAAGACUGAGGCCACCAAGCGCCUGCUGCAGUUCUACGCAGAGACCUGCCCAGCCCCUGAGCGGGGUGGUGCUGUGCGAGACAGGCUGCUGCAGAGUAACCCGGUGCUGGAGGCCUUUGGAAAUGCCAAGACCCUCCGGAAUGAUAACUCCAGCAGGUUUGGGAAGUACAUGGAUGUGCAGUUUGACUUCAAGGGUGCCCCUGUGGGUGGCCACAUCCUCAGUUACCUCCUGGAGAAGUCCCGAGUGGUCCACCAGAACCAUGGAGAGAGGAACUUCCACAUCUUCUACCAGCUACUGGAGGGGGGCGAGGAGGAGACACUGCGAAGGCUGGGCUUGGAGCGGAACCCCCAGAGCUACCUGUACCUGGUGAAGGGCCAGUGUGCCAAAGUUUCCUCCAUCAAUGACAAAAGUGACUGGAAGGCUGUCAGGAAGGCUCUGACUGUCAUUGACUUCACUGAGGAUGAGGUGGAGGACCUGCUGAGCAUAGUAGCCAGUGUCUUACACUUGGGUAACAUCCACUUUGCCGCUGACGAGGAGAGCAAUGCCCAGGUCACCACUGAAAACCAGCUCAAGUAUCUGACCAGGCUCCUUGGGGUGGAUGGUUCCACACUUCGGAAAGCCCUGACACACAGGAAGAUCACUGCCAAGGGAGAAGAGCUCCUGAGCCCACUGAACCUGGAACAGGCUGCGUAUGCACGGGACGCCCUGGCCAAGGCCGUGUACAGUCGCACUUUCACCUGGCUGGUGGGGAAGAUCAAUAGGUCACUGGCCUCCAAGGACGCUGAGAGCCCCUACUGGAGGAGCACCACAGUCCUCGGGCUCCUAGACAUUUAUGGCUUCGAAGUGUUUCAGCAUAACAGCUUUGAGCAGUUCUGCAUCAACUACUGCAACGAGAAGCUGCAGCAGCUCUUCAUUGAGCUCACCCUCAAGUCUGAGCAGGAGGAGUAUGAGGCAGAGGGCAUUGCGUGGGAGCCUGUUCAAUAUUUCAACAAUAAGAUUAUCUGUGACUUAGUGGAGGAGAAGUUCAAGGGCAUCAUCUCCAUUUUGGACGAGGAGUGUCUUCGGCCUGGGGAGGCCACCGAUCUGACUUUCCUAGAGAAGUUGGAGGACACAGUCAAGCACCAUCCACACUUCCUAACGCACAAACUGGCUGACCAGCGUACCAGGAAAUCUCUGGACCGCGGGGAGUUCCGCCUUCUGCACUAUGCUGGGGAGGUGACCUACAGUGUGACGGGGUUUUUGGAUAAAAACAAUGACCUUCUCUUCCGGAAUCUGAAGGAGACCAUGUGUAGCUCGGAGAAUCCCAUCAUGAACCAGUGCUUUGACCGGAGUGAGCUCAGUGACAAGAAGAGACCAGAGACGGUUGCCACCCAGUUCAAGAUGAGCCUUCUGCAGCUGGUGGAGAUCCUGAAGUCCAAGGAGCCAGCCUACAUCCGCUGCAUCAAGCCCAAUGAUGCUAAGCAACCUGGCCGCUUUGACGAAGUGCUGAUUCGACACCAGGUGAAGUACCUGGGGCUGAUGGAGAACCUGCGCGUGCGCAGAGCCGGCUUCGCCUACCGCCGCAAAUACGAAGCUUUUCUGCAGAGGUACAAGUCUCUGUGUCCAGAGACGUGGCCCGUAUGGGCAGGACGGCCUCAGGAUGGGGUGGCUGUGCUGCUCAGGCACCUGGGCUACAAGCCAGAAGAGUACAAGAUGGGCAGGACCAAGAUCUUCAUCCGCUUCCCCAAGACCCUGUUUGCCACAGAAGAUGCCCUGGAGGUCCGGCGGCAAGACCUGGCCACAAAGAUCCAGGCCACCUGGAAGGGCUUUCACUGGCGGCAGAAAUUCCUCCGGGUGAAAACAUCAGCCAUCUGCAUCCAGUCAUGGUGGCGUGGAACACUGGGCCGAAGAAAGGCAGCCAAGAGGAAGUGGGCGGCACAGACGAUCCGGAAGCUGAUCCGUGGCUUCAUCCUGCGCCAUGCACCCCGUUGCCCCGAGAAUGCCUUCUUCCUGGACCAUGUGCGCACCUCUUUUUUGCUCAACCUGAGGCGACAGUUGCCCCGGAACAUCCUGGACACUUCCUGGCCCACACCCCCACCUGCCCUGCGUGAGGCCUCAGAGCUUCUGCGGGAGCUGUGCAUGAAGAACAUGGUCUGGAAGUACUGCCGGAACAUCAGCCCCGAGUGGAAGCAGCAGCUGCAGCAAAAAGCCGUGGCUAGUGAGAUCUUCAAGGGCAAGAAGGACAACUAUCCCCAGAGUGUCCCCAGGCUCUUCAUCAGCACGAGGCUUGGUGCAGAUGAGAUCAGCCCCAAAGUGUUGCAGGCCCUGGGCUCUGAGCCCAUCCAGUACGCCGUGCCUGUGGUCAAGUAUGAUCGCAAGGGCUACAAGCCCCGCUCCCGGCAACUGCUGCUGACGCCCAACGCCGUGGUCAUCGUGGAGGACACCAAGGUCAAACAGAGAAUCGAGUAUGCCAACCUGACAGGAAUCUCCGUCAGCAGCCUGAGCGACAGCCUCUUCGUACUGCACGUGCAGCGUGAGGACAACAAGCAGAAGGGAGAUGUGGUGCUGCAGAGUGACCACGUGAUUGAGACCCUGACCAAGACGGCCCUCAGUGCUGACCGGGUGAACAACAUCAACAUCAAUCAGGGCAGCAUCACGUUUGCAGGGGGCCCCGGCAGGGAUGGCACUAUUGACUUCACACCGGGCUCAGAGCUCCUCAUCACCAAGGCCAAGAAUGGGCACCUGGCUGUGGUGGCCCCACGGCUGAACUCUCGGUGAUGAACGUGCCCCCAGACCCCUGCCACUUCCCAGUGCUUUGCUUACCCUCUCCUCCUUUUCCCAGUUACCAAAGACUCGAGCUUCCAGACAGGGACACAGGGACACCUCGAAGCCCACUGACAAAGCUCUGGCCUUGCCUACCCCUGUCUUAAAGGGACAGCAGAGGCCAGAGAGCUGCCCCAGGAGUGGGCCAGGCCGGGCCACAGCAAUAGGAAUGCAGGGGCCAGAGCCAGCCACACCAGCCCUACUGCCGAUGCCAAAUCUUUGAGGGAAGGGAACUUUUGCUGAGGUUUUCUCUGAGAUUUUCUUUUUCAUGCUUUAUAGGAAACUAUUUUUUGAAAAAAUGAAAAGCCAUUUUCCCACCUGAAGACACACUGGAUGUGUUUUUCCCUGACUCCCACAGGGCAGGGAACGUAGGUGAGAGGUUGGGCGGUCUGGGCCCUGGUGCCCUCUUCCCUGCUCAGGCCACCCUCUCCUCCUUGUUCCUCCGACACCUUGUCUGUCUGUCUGCCUGCCCAUCUGUACUCUGCAGCCCACUCCAACAUCCCUCUGGGUGCUGAGACCACUCAUAGCAGCCCCCUUCCUCCUACCUUAAAAAUGCCUUUUCAGUCUCAUCGCCCCAGCCCAAGGGUGCCCUGGGCUGAGGGAAGAGUCUUAGCUGGAGGAUUUGGAAGACAGAGAGAUCACCCACUCUAGCCUCCUGGCAUGAACAGGAGACAAAAGCCCAAAAAGGGAAGGCCCAAGGUCACCCAGGAGGUUGGGACAAAACCAGGACUGCAUCUCUGUUCUCAGCACAUCUUACUGCCUCUACUAGGGGCAAGGAGCCUCAUGAAACAGGCUCAUGUUUUAAGGGUACAUAUGGCUCCCUGACCAGCAAUCAUUCUGGGGAGCCAUCAGGCGGGAGGAGCACUUCUGCCUGGGCUCAUGCCUUAGGAUGACAAACACCCUGACCGCCACCUGGGCCCCUCCCUGUCCCAACAGCCCAGGGAAGGGGCUGGCCUCUGGAGAAGCUGCAGGGCCAUCACUUCUUUCUGCUGCUGCCCCUCACAUCUCCAGAGGAGCUGGGGGCUGCCCAUUGCCUCUGUGCCCUGCUGGGGGCCUUGGCCCACUGCUGACAUUUCUGCAAUCCAGAGAAACACUAAAUAAAGCAAUAUGUGUUUGCCAA